CACUAGUUUUGUUUGAAGUGAAUUGCUGCCAGGAACUGCCCUACAAGCUGCAAAGUCGCCAAUCAUUAGGUUUUUACAUAUAUUUUGUCAGUUUCCUUCAUAGUYUUUCGUUCAUCUAUGCAUCGUAGAGACGAUGUUAGGCCACCAUUUUCAAAAUGUCGACAAGUCGCAACAACUGGUCAACUAUGUGGAGGAUUACCUGGAAUGUGUGGAGUCCCUGCCUUUGGACAUACAAAGAAAUGUUUCUCUGCUCCGAGAAAUCGAUGCAAAGUAUCAAGAGGUGCUGAAGGAGGUGGAUGAAGUGUUUGAAAAGUACAAAGGGGAACAGGACAUGGCUCAAAGAAAGCGCCUGCAGAUCCAGCUGCAGAGAGCCCUCAUCAUCAGCCAGGAGCUCGGCGAUGAGAAGAUCCACGUGGUGACCCAGAUGACCGAGCUGGUGGAGAACCGUUCCCGCCAAAUGGACUCCCACUCCCUCUGCCUCCAGGAGCCCAGCGAAGCGGAGCGUGUCCCUGUGGAGCAGGAUUCCCCACUUCCCGAGCGCACCUCCACCCGCCGCCCGCGACGACAGCGCAACAGUGAGAGUCGUGACUCCACCCACCCGUCUGCCAACGGCUCGCUGGUGGACGACUCUGUGGAUGAACUGUCCCUCCCCCCGCCACGAGAAAAGAAGUCCAAAUCGUCAAAGAAGAAAAAGCGCAAGGCCAAACAGGAACGAGACACCUCACCCGUUGACUUUGCCAUCGACCCCAACGAGCCCACCUACUGUUUGUGUGAGCAGGUGUCGUACGGCGAGAUGAUUGGCUGCGACAARGACCAGUGUCCCAUCGAGUGGUUCCACUUCUCCUGCGUGGGACUCACCUACAAACCCAAGGGCAAGUGGUACUGUCCCAAAUGCAGAGGGGACAAUGAAAAGACAAUGGACAAGAARCUGGACAAGAACAAAAAAGACCGCAGGUCCAGGUAGUAACUCACCUGGAAGCUGCACUUUGCUUGAGGAUCAGACCGUCGGCUGUGGGGAUUUAAAAGCACAACMGAAAAAUAUUUUAAUCAGCAGCACUUAGAAAUAAUCCAAGAUGAAUUUUUGAUGGGAUUUGUCCAAAUAUUUUCCRGUGGCUGCUGCCGGUGGCCUGAAGUGUUUGCUGUUUGAGAGAUUUUAGAUCCAACAAAACAACAAAAGCUCUUUUUUUAUUUGACCAAACCUCACUGACAUAUUUCAGUUUAUGCUUUGGACAAAUGUUCUCUUCCUUUGUUUGAACUUCCUUAGUUUGAAUGAAUCUGUGUCUUAAUGUCUUUAUGCAGUGAAUGCUUAUAGAAAGUAGCCUUUAUACAGAACAUGUUUAGAAAAGACUGGGAUUCAUGACAUGAUUCAGGUUCUACUGUCAGUGUGUAUUGUUUUUCUUUUUUAAAUAUAAAUUCAUUAAAACAAUCAAUGAUCACUCA